UGCAUGACUUCCUUGUUUUUGUUAAGUUACGUUAAGCAGGUCUGGCUGGCUGGGUUUCACAGUGUGUGUGUGCGCUCAGGUAGUACGACUGACAUCAGAAUUCUGAGCUCAGGCAGCCUGAUGAAGGAGGGGGGGUCCCAUGGAAGAGCUGAAAUCAUGACCUUCAGAGCACACAGGGCGAGUUGGAGGGAAGUGGAGCUGGCAGAGGUAGAAGAGGAUGAGGAGGAGACCGAGUUUGAAAACCAAACUGCAGGCAAUGGACUGUCUUCACUUGGGUGGUACCAUGCAAACCUCUCUCGCCAUGCAGCUGAAGCUCUGCUGCUUACAAAUGGACAAGAUGGAAGCUACCUCCUGAGAAACAGCAAUUCCAAAUCAAACAGCUACUCACUCUCUGUCAGGGCCAGGGAUUCUGUAAAGCAUUUUGAGGUUCUGCAAUGUGGAUCUUUUUUCAAGUUCGGCUUCAAUGAAUUCCCUACGUUAAAACAAUUUGUAGAGCAUUUUGCAAACCAACCUUUGAUUGGAAGUGAAUCAGGCACCUUAAUUUUAUUGAAACAUCCCUAUCCUUGUACGGUAGAAGAGCCUUCAAUAUAUGAGUCUGUCCGUGUUCAUACAGCAAUGCAGACUGGACGUUCUGAAUCUGACCUUGUUUCUGUCGCACCCUCAUUGGGUACCAAAGAAGGAUAUCUUACAAAACAAGGAGGACGUGUAAAGAGCUGGAAAAACAGAUGGUUUAUACUGAGUCGAAAUGAGCUGAAAUACUUUAAAGACAAGGUGUCUGCAGAGCCAAUUAGAACGCUUGACCUUACAGAGUGCAGUGCUGUACAGUUUGAUUAUUCACAAGAGAAGGUCAACUGUUUCUGUAUGGUAUUUCCUUUAAGGACAUAUUACCUUUGUGCAAAGACCGGAGCAGAAGCUGAUGAAUGGAUUAAGAUGUUACGAUGGAAAAUGUCACAGAUAAAGAAACAGGCACAAUAAAGGAAACAGCUGAUCCUUACUCCUGGAAAAUGCCCAUUAGUAAGAAGGCGCAACCUCAGUGACUUUUUCCUGUCAAACUAACGGUACCUCUUACGUAACUAAAUCCACACAGUGACUAAUACUUGGUACUACAAUUUAGUAAAAGAGUAACUGUUUAUUUUAACUGACAUCUGCUAAGACCAAUUGACAGGCAACCCAAAAAUGUAUAAAUCUGUAUAAAGAUAAAUUAUGUCUACCAGCAGUUCACUUAUGUCCGCUUGUGUCACCUACUGUUACUAGUGAUAGGCAAAUAAAUGGGUUUGCGACAAAUUUCUGCAUUUUGUCGACCACAAAUAGAUUUGCAAAACUGAAGCGAAAAUUUGGCGCAACAGAAAAAAAAAUUGGUGCUCGUCAAAAUUGUCAGGCGCAUAAGAAUUGUUGCUUCAAAAUUAUUCAGACGCCCAUUGAUUUUAAUGCAUUUGGACAAAAUAGUAGAAAAAUUGUCGCACAUCAAAAUAGUUUUGACACCCAUUGACUUCAAUGUUUUGCAAAUUUAUCGUCGUUUCACUAAUUUUGUUGACGUUUCGCUAUAUUUUUUGCCUAUCACUAAGGGGCACAUUUACUUUGGGUCGAAUAUCGAGGGUUAAUUAAUGGGUUAAAGGUUAACCGGCGAAGU